AUUCAACACUCUCUCUAUAUAUCUAUUUUCUCUCUUUCAUAUAUAUAUAUUCCUUAUUUCUUCUUCUCUUACUAUUGACAUAAUUAAUUUACUUCUUCUAAUAAUUAAUCAAUAUGGGUAUUGAGAUAGAACAAUCAUGUGUGCAACUUUCAAACAUUGCAAUUUCUGACACUCAUGGAGAAAAUUCACCUUAUUUUGCUGGAUGGAAAGCCUAUGAUGAAAAUCCUUAUCAUGAGUUAACUAACUCUUCUGGAGUUAUACAAAUGGGAUUAGCAGAAAAUCAAGUUUCAUUUGAUUUGGUUGAAAAGUAUUUGGAAGAGCAUCCAGAGGAUUAUAAUGGUUUCAGAGAAAAUGCAUUAUUUCAAGAUUAUCAUGGACUUAAGUCAUUUAGAACUGCAAUGGCAAGUUUCAUGGAACAAAUAAGAGGUGGUAGAGCUAAAUUUGAUCCUGAAAGAAUAGUCAUUACUGCUGGAGCAACUGCUGCUAAUGAGCUCUUGACCUUCAUUCUCGCAAAUCCCGGAGACGCUUUGCUUGUUCCUACCCCUUAUUAUCCAGGAUUUGAUAGAGACUUAAGAUGGAGAACUGGUGUAAACAUAGUGCCAAUUCAUUGCAAAAGUUCAAACAAUUUCCAAAUUACACCACAAGCUUUAGAAGCUGCUUACAAAGAAGCAGAAUCACUUAACAUGAAAGUGAGUGGAGUACUAAUCACAAACCCUUCAAACCCUUUAGGUGCAACAGUUCAACGUUCAAUUCUAGAACAAAUUCUUGACUUUGUCAUACAAAAAAAUAUCCACCUUAUCUCAGAUGAAAUUUACUCUGGCUCAGUGUUCUCUUCCUCCGAAUUCGUAAGUGUAGCCGAGAUUCUCGAAGCUCGUAAGUACAAAGAAGCAGAGAGAGUUCACAUUGUUUAUAGUCUUUCGAAAGAUCUCGGUCUUCCUGGUUUUCGUGUUGGAACAAUUUACUCCUACAAUGAUAAAGUUGUUACAACCGCGAGAAGAAUGUCGAGUUUUACCUUAAUAUCAUCACAAACACAACAAUUUUUGGCUAAUAUGUUAUCAGACAAAACAUUUACUGAGAAAUAUAUUAAGAUUAAUAGGGAAAGAUUGAAGAAAAGAUAUGAAAUGAUUAUUGAAGGUUUAAAAAGUGUUGGAAUUGAAUGUUUGAAAGGAAAUGCAGGGUUAUUUUGUUGGAUGAAUAUGAAUCCACUUUUGAAGGAAUCAACUAAAGAAGGUGAAUUAGAACUUUGGAAUGUUAUUUUGAAUGAAGUGAAAUUGAAUAUUUCACCAGGGUGUUCUUGUCAUUGUGAUCAACCAGGUUGGUUUAGAGUGUGUUUUGCAAAUAUGAGUGAACAUACUCUUGAAAUUGCAUUGGAAAGAAUACGUAAUUUCAUGGCUAGAAGAAUAAGGACAAAGAUGAUAUAAAGAAAGAAUAAUAGCAUAUGCUAUAUUUGACAAAGUUUAUUAAUUCAUAUAUUAUUAUUUGUAUUUUUUUAAAUGGUUAAUCAUGGCCAUUUUGGUAAAUUAUUUAUUAGUAAUAUAUAUGUAAGGGAAGUUGUAAGAAAAGAGAUUCACCUGAAGUGUGUGUAUCUUGUUCUUGUUUGCUUGCUUUAAUUAAGCAAGUUUCUUGUAAUCUCCUGUUGUAUCAUUGUUAAUUAAAGUGAAGUAAAGUUAAGUUGCUUUUUAA